CAGAUCUUUGAAGCUCAUUACGAAAACUCCAGACCUCUUUCAACACCUAGGAUAGCAAUGACCAUUCCACAAGACACCCGCCCCGUUAAACGAAUAGCCGUCAUCGGCGCCGGCGCCGCAGGUAUAGCACAGGCGAAAGAGAUCCUCGAAGCCUUCCAACACGGAAAGAGCGAGUUUCGAGUCGAUCUCGUCGUCUUCGAAUCGAGGUCCAAGAUCGGUGGUGUAUGGUUAGAAGACCCGGAAGCGGGCGAAUACAAGCUCAAGUAUGAUUCGAAAGGGACGACUCGGGCUUUGUCGACUCGAUCCGGAUCAACCCCUUCCCCGAUCUACGCAGGACUCCGAACGAAUUUGCCUAAACAACUGAUGACCUUCCGUAACCACCCGUUCCCGACUGAGACCGAACUCUUUCCCCGUGCAUCCGACGUAUGCGACUACUUGAUCUCAUAUGCCGAGAUGCACGGAGUCGAUCGAUUCAUCCGGUUUGACACUACCGUCACUCGGGUUCGAAAAGAGGGGGACGCAUGGGUCGUGAACAGCCAGACAGCGAAGAGGUCCGAAGGAAAGGGAAAAGUAUCAGAUGAAGAUUUAGUAGAAGAUUCGGGAGAUGAUAUCAGGAAGAGGGAAGAGAGGUUCGACUUUGUCUCGAUCGCCAAUGGACAUUAUGAAAAGGUCAUGAUCCCCGAGAUCCCCGGUCUAAAUCGGUUCGAAGGGACAGUAUUGCAUUCGAGAUGGUAUAGACGGCCAGAAGAAUAUAUCGGCCGACGGGUCCUGGUGGUAGGCUCCUUUGCCUCAGGGUCAGAUGUUGCCCGCGAACUCGCCUCUGUCCAGAUUCCCACGCAAGACCUCCCGGAGAGCAUGCAACUCGCCCGAAAACGUAAUCACCUAUCCCACCCGGACGUCCCCGCCGAAGGUAAAGUCGAGGUGUUCCAAUCGUCUUCGAUGUUGCCGAACGACAGGUCGCCGUACGGGAAGAAGGAAGAAGAAGGUCGACCCUGGACAAAGUAUAUCCAGCAUAGGCCGCUGAUUGAAAAGAUCGAAGGUGGGGUCAUCCAUUUCAAGGACGGCUCGACAUUGGAGGAUAUAGAUGUCAUCAUCUUUGCCACCGGGUUUUACUACCAACUCCCUUUUGCCAAAUCCGAGGAUGCGCCCUGGAACGAGAAACGAGUAUGCGAGGAGACCGUCGGGGAUGUCGAUGUCCUGGACGAAGUCAACGGGUGGGAAAAGGGCGGGAUACAGGGCUUGGCUAUCAAGGAGUUGGACGAGAUCAAACUGUUCUUGAGAGGGGAUCGGACGUGUGCAUUUAUCGCUUUACCCUACUUGGUCGUGCCGUUCCCGCUGGCCGAGAUUCAGUCGCACCUAACAGCUCUCUACUGGGCUGGCCGCUUAUCAAACAUCCCCGACUCGUUCUCCGCCCCAUCAAGGGAAGAAGAGGCUGUGCAACCGGACGACAAGGCGAAACCUCAACAACAACCUGGCCAUGAAAAUCAACAAGCUGCGAACGAUACGACACACGAUGGAGAACACGCGAAGCCUGGAAACCCACCGGUCAAGAAGGAUAAGCGGCAUACCGAGAAAGUCCGGGGCGACCUGGUCUUUGGAUUCCCUUACGAAUAUCGGUACGAGAACUAUCUGCUUGGACUGACCGCCGAAGCGGAUGGUGGCGAAAAAGGUGGUUGGGGCAGUGUAGAAGAAUGGAGGUUCCCCUUGCGCAAGAACAAGGCAUUGCGCAGCGAGGUCCUUGGGUAUUAGAUGGGUUCACUGGCCAAAGCGCA